UGAUGCAGUCGGAUUGGUGAUAACAAUUUCACAGGAAGGAUACCUAAUUUCAUCCAGAACUGGCUUAAUCUCAGUAAAUUGUUAGAUUCUAAAAUCUCAACUUUAUCUAUCCAUAUUUCUUUCAAUCUGGUAUGUUUUUGAAACAAAAACUUUUAAAAUGCAGAUUAGUUCAGGCUAGUGGUUUGGAGGGUCCAAUCCCUAAUGUAAUCUCUGCAUUAACAAAUAUGAAAGACUUGAGAAUAAGUGAUAUAAAUGGACCUGAAUCACUAUUUCCACCCAUUAGUAAUUUGAAAAACCUUGAAAUACUGAUUCUGAGGAGUUGCAAUCUCAUUGGACCAUUACCAGAUUAUCUCAGCACAAUGCCAUUGCAAACCUUGUUAGUUGAUGAUGAUCUGCACCUUUUUUCUUGAUUGUUU